AUGACAAGUUCGGGCGCAGCUUACUAAAACAGCCGCAGAAAAUCAUGCGUCUUAUAGUGGACGAAGAGGCAAAGUUAACGCAUGAGUUCUUUCGAGAUAGGGUGAAGGGAUGUGUCGAUGAAAUAGGGCACACAAUGGAACGAAUUCCAAAGCAGCACACCAAGAUCGACAAUGUGUAUAAGAAACUAAAUAGAAUGAGCAAUUUGAAGGUAUUUACUGAUGCCAUUCCGAUGAAGUAUCUUGAUUGACGCGCCACUAGAUGCCUUGAGUCACAAAAAAUUAAAUUCCCCAGGUUCUCUGCAAAUCAAAUCCUCUCCUUUUUGUUUAUGAAG